AUGAUGCGGAAGACGCCGAUUGUUGCUGUGGCCGCCACACGCAAGGCGUUGGUAGGCAACGGCCCCACUUUCUCAACAGGCGGUGAGUGCAUGAACACAUGUGACAUCCAGAACGCCUUCCCCAUGAACGAGCGUGGUGUCCGCUCCUCAUCCCCGUUCCAGGAGCCCAACACCGCUAUCUAUGAUACCUACAUGUCAUGGACGUACUUUCAACCGAUAGACGUGAAUAUCGAAAAGCUUCCGGCCCCUGAGGCGAAGUACUACCAGCGGCACACAAAAAGGCCAUGGGAUAUUUCCACGACCGAAUUGAUCGAGAUUCAAUCGCGCAAGAAGUACUUUCAGGUGUGGGGUUAUCUGAUUGCCUUUAUCUACCUGUACUUCCUGAUGCCUAAAGAGAAGUCGUUCAGUGGCCUGCAUGGACCUGAUGGCCACUGGAUCAUGUUGCCAAAGUCUAGACCAGAGUUGUUUUAG